GACCAUAUUCAGCGCGAGGCCUGGGUGCUCAAAGGCCACGGUCACGCUCAUGCAGCGCCAGCUGCAGUCCCAGGCUUGCGCUGUGAGAUUCAAACAUGUCGGCCUUUGUGCGCGUCUCAGGACCGCCAAACAGUAACUUUCUGAUCGGCUAUCCUGGAAUAUCAGCUACACUUCCCCGAAUAGAAGGCAAAGUCGAGAUCCGCCCACUCGUUGGUGUCUCAGCGCCCGUCAAUGUCUCGCUCGUUACCAUUGCCUUGCACCGUCGUGAGACGAUACACCCCUCCGCCGAUUCGGCCACAAGGAAGCAUUUGGCCGCCCCGCGCAAGGAAAUCACCGAUAUUGUGGGCAAGGAAAUGCUCUUGUACCGAUGUUCGCCUGGGAAAGAGUAUGAAAGCGUAUUGUGCAUGGACCUACCCUUCGUCAUCUUUAUACCAUACGGACGCGGUGGCGAGGAGGUAGCGCGGAGAGUCCCGCCUGCAAGCUUACAGUUACCGAGUCGCACGGCCGAGACAUUCUACGAACUAGUCGUGACGGUUCAGCAAGGACCUCAGGAACAGAAGAAGUACCCGUUCGCAGUACCGAUACAAAGAUACGAUACCCUCUCCACAUUUGGCAUGUACAAUCGACCAGAGAGUGCAGAACGAGUGACAGAUCACCUGGUCACCCUUGGGAUAAGUUUGCCGCGUUGGAGUUAUGGUCCGCUCGAUCCGGUUUCAGUGUACAUCAAGCUGAGUCCAAAUCCGGACUGGCUGAACAAGGCGAAGAAAGUUACAAUACAAAAGAUUACGGUUGGCAUAGAUGAAGAAAUCAUUUUCAACCACGAAGGAGACGAACCGACACGGAAGGUGAAGACAUUGGUGAAAACAACACAGGCAGUCGGAGUCAAGAUGCCUGAAGCGGGCUAUUUCACCAAUCUUGGGCUCGUUUUCCCAGCAAAGGAUUUACGAGAUAACGCAGGAAUAAUACCCAGAGGGCAGAAAGAAUUUCCAAUGUACGCUGUAAAUGGCUUUACGACAACUGGCACGCUGUAUAAGAUUGAGUAUUAUCUUACAGUAAAGGCACAAAUGUCGUCGGCACGAGAUAUUUUGCUCCGCCAGCCUAUCGUUGUAUGUCCAUUUGACCAUGCUGGCUGCAAACAAGAGAUGGAAGCCAUUGAACAAGCCGCCAAGGACGCCGCACAUGUUGCACCUGAAAAUCCUAUGCUCCCUGCUAGCACUAUCAUUCGAUCCAACGACCCUGAAGGCCUACGCGCUCUUGGUAUUUCGAUUGUAGGAGGUGUACGAAAACCACUGAUUGAGUGAACAGCCAUAACAAAAGAGUUGGAAUUCAGAAAGGAUAUGGUUGUUUAUGGAAAACCGCUACCCUCGAGUAGCACACGCCUUGUGUGCAAGCAUGAAGGGUACAGCGAACAACCUCCGUUUCGUCGCAACCCGGGCUCAGUGUUAUCCUCUCUGCUUCAGCUACGGCUCUUUUGAAGCGGAAGCAUUGUUGGAUCACUUCCUGCCCCCACUCUCAAAACUCGAGAGUUUCCAGUCGUGCAUAGUCAUGUGCGGUACAAAAAUACCACUGGGCAUACAGCGCAAACUACGGUCAC